AUGUUUGCCGGCAGCGUCUGCUGGUUCUGUUUAGGAGUGUUGGUUGUCCACCUGAGUCCCAGCUGCUCUGCUCUCGUCCUGGAUUCCGUCUAUUGGAAUUCUUCAAAUCCCAGGUUCUCUCCUGGACGGGGGCUGGUCCUGUUCCCUCAGAUAGGGGAUAAAAUGGACAUUGUGUGUCCCCGGGUGAGGCCAGGGGUGGUGGAGAACAAGGAGCCGGAGUACUACCGCGUGUACCUGGUGACCCGGGAACAACUCCACAGCUGCAGCAUCAGCCAAUCGGACACUCCGUUACUCACCUGUGACAAGCCGGACAGAGAUGUGAAGUUCACCUUCAAGUUCCAGGAGUUCAGCCCUAAUCUCUGGGGCCUGGAGUUUUUCAAGGGAAGGGAAUACUAUAUCACCUCGACCUCCACCAGCUCUCUACAGGGGCUGGACAACACUGAUGGAGGGGUGUGUAGAUCCACAUCCAUGAAGCUGGUACUGAGAGUAGGACAGAUUUCCUCCAAACCCCUUCCUCUCCCUGAAGAGUCCCCCACCAGGUUCCCCCCUCAGCACCCCGAGGCCCCAGACAAGGAGCUUCCCAUUAAAGACAAUGAUGUGACGAACAACGCUGGAGACAUUGACACAGAAGGCAGAGCCUCGUCAACAGAUGGUGGAUCCAUCGGCUCUGAGGUCGGACUCUUCGUUGGCGUGGCCUGUGGCAUCGUCCUCCUCCUAUUGGUCAUCGCGGUCCUACUGAUGGUGGUGUGGCGGUACCACAGGCGCCACGCCACGCCGGACAGGGACGUCCAACAGUCUCUGUCCCUCAACACCCUGGCCACGCCCACGAGAGACAGCUACGGAGGGAGGAGCGAGGACAUCCGGUCAGAGCCCAGCUACGCGGUGUUUCCUCCGAGGCCCUCUGACUCCGUGUUCUGUGGGCACCAUGAGAGGGUCGGUGGAGACUACAGACAUCCUGCUUAUAUGGUACAGGAGAUGCCUCCACAGAGUCCUACUAAUAUAUACUACAAGGUCUGA